UUUAGAAUAUAUUUCAAUAAUUAUUUAUUAAAUAAUUUAUAAUAAUAAUAUAAUGGGUGCGCCCUAUACAGAGCUAAUUAAACCACUCGAUGAGUAUGCGUUAGUAUGCCGUGGAUGCCUGGCUAAUUCUGGAGAAAUGAAAAAUAUGAUCCAUUGGGAUUUUGCUGAAGAUUUCUACAAAUUCACAAAUAUACAGGUGAACAAUGCAGAAGGUUCCUCCAAACUGUUGUGUACGGCCUGCGAAGGCAUUCUGAUGACGUGUCGAAAGUUUAGAGAGCAGUGCCAAAAUUCUAAUGUGGUUCUACAGAAUAUUGUAAAGAAAAAUAUUAAAACAGAUAUAUCACAACAAAAAGAAGGAAAUACAGUAAAGUGUAUACAGUAUAAUAAAAAAUUGGUUGUUAUGAUAACAGCCCCGAAUACCGAAGACAAAAUAUAUUUGCCUUGCCCUUACAAAUGUCCAGAAACGUUUACGAAAAAAAACAACUUAUAUUACCACUUAACAAAAGUUCACAAACUGACUAACUCUUUGACCAUAGACUUACAAUAUUAUUGCACCGUAGACGGAUGCUCGUACGCGACAAAUUCAGAAAAAAACAAAUACUUCUCAGGUAGAAAAUUUCUAAAUCAACAUUAUAACAAAGUGCAUUCAAUUAAAAAGUACUGUGAGACAUGUAAACUUGGAUUCUCAACAGACAUUGAGUUCUACAGACAUGUAAAUACUUGUAACACGACAUUCUCGUGUCAAUUAUGUGAUGUGCACUAUAAUACUAAUGAGAAAUUGUUGGUGCACCUGAUGAGGAGACAUCCAGAAUUGCAUAAGCAAUAUAAGGAACGACGCAAAGCGAAUAAAAGAAAAUCCGAAGUUGAGGGCGAGGGGAAGAAACGUAAAACUGAAUGCGAUAAACUACCUGAAUUUAUUUGUGAUAGUCCUAAACGGUCAUUUGCAACACAGACAUUAAGCGAUAAUAUAAAAAACGAUGUCGCUCUACCGUCUUGGCAGAGUUUGGGAGGCAGGAGUGAAGUCUACGAAACAAAGACUGAUGAGAUAUCAACUCAAACAGUUUUUGAAGAUCUACUAUCACUGAAAUCGCAAACUAGUGAGGAUGAGUCCAUGUUUUUUUCUGAAACUGUAUUACUAUCUGAUAUACAAACACAGACGUUCCCUUUAGAGUUUGGUCUGAGUAGAUCAAAUAAAGAAACGAUUACAGAGACUCAACCGCUCGAUUGGUGCAUUAAGGAGACUCAGACAUGCUACUGCCAUGACUCACCGAAACCUCUGAGAUUGUUUGACAGUAUUUCGUCUAGUCCAUCUAGUAAUAAUCUCACAUCGACUGAAACCCAAACGGCCGAACGGUCGCUAGUUAAAUCGGACGUGUUACUCAGUUUCAACUCGGCGGAGACUCAAACGAGUUUCGAUGACGAAUUGGGUAAACACAAUUUGUGAUAUUGGCAGUUUCUGUGAAAGCAGAACUUUUGGACAUACACUGAAUUAUAGUGUUGUACCAUAUUAUUUAUAUAAAUUAAAGACAGACCCAAUGGUGAAAGAAACAGUGGGGAAGUGCCCCAUUGGGCUCUGUGGACACUGCUCGUGCCCAGAGUCUCGCGAUGGAUUUUUUUUUGUGAAUGAUAGUGGAAUGGUGCACCCGCCUGCGCUAACGGUUUACGCCGGCGGGGCACCAGUGGAGGAUAACAAGAUGAGCAUGAGGUCAGGUCAGUUAGCCCAUGGUAAAUUCGCCAUGAAUUUAUCACGAUGAUUUCCAGGGGGAACCGCGUGGAGGUCAACUGACAUAGUAUAUUGUUAGUUAUGGGGUCAUGAGUCCACAUUACUAAGAGUCCCCUUCCCCCCUCCCGCGAUGGAUUGGGGCCCCCUAGUCUAGUCUAGUCCCUACUCCAUUACCAGACGAUAACCGGUAGCUACUCUACUCUCGCCUGAAAAUCAGUCUUAACAAAUGCUUACCGACUAUGGUCAAUUUAUUCGUUUUUGUUAUUUUUAUAAAUGUAUAGCAAGAACUUGAAGACCUAUCAUCACUCAUCACAUAACUUUUUAAAAUUAUUUUUCAUAGGGGCCCGAUUAAUCUAAUGUGCCCAGGGCCUCUAAUAGGUGAAAGAGGGCCCUAAUUGAAGAGAAUUUCUAUUAUGAGCGAUUAGGGCAACUUUAAAUACUAACUACCUAUUACUUAGUUAAUUGGUAGGUCGUGUUCAGUGAUGACUAGCUCAUCCGUCAUACUCGUGAACGUGCUACUUGUAGGGACCGGUCUGCUCUAGUCACUACGACUGAUUUACUCUUAUUUAGUUACCAGUUGGUUGUGUCUUUAUUAUUUUGAUGAUUAAUUAGUGCUAGUUGAUAUUUUGUAUAUACAUUACAACUUAAAAAUGUAAAUUACAAUAAAAUUAUUUAAAAGAGCAACACGCAAGUUUCUUGCUCGUUCUUGUGAUGAGACAGCUUUACGAAUGAGCGGUAGAUUAAAUAAGUGAUAACUAUUCAAAAGUGCUUCAAUGUAAGUUUAUUUGAAUAAAUAAUUUUAUAUUCUAUUCUUACUAAAUUAAUUGUAAAUUAAAGAAAUAAUAUUCUGUAAACUAUAUAAGGUUGAUUUUAAUUAUAAACUAAGGAGAUUGUUAAUGUAAGUGCGAAAAAAAAUCAUUUUUUCAAAGUUACCCUUAUACC